AGACAGACGUACUUAUCGUGUUGCGCUUAUUCUACUGCCAUGUCCGCAUCGAAGACUUACUCAGCAUGCUGUGCGGCGUCAAGAGUCUUAGCCAAGCACUCGCAUCUCCAAUAUGGUUGCUUCGACUCGGCUUCCAAGCACGUCGAGUGAAGAGUCAUCUUGGUCGUACAAACCAGGCGUCUUCAUCCACCGGGCACUUUGUCGCUUACUGUAGACUCAUCCAUAGACUCAUCGUGGCAUCCAACCCCAUGGGGCACCUAACAUUGUGGUACUGCAUACGUCGUGAGUCAGGCCAACCACAAGAGUCACCUUGAAUCACUAUUGCUGGCAUAAAAGAAAGACCGAAAGUUCAAUAUAUCGAAUCUGCAGCGCCACGACACGAGCAACUUGCAACAGCACCAAACACCAUGACGGACCAAAUCCCGAAAGACGUCAAAGCCCAGGUCAAGGCGUCCUACGACGCCAUAGCAGACACGUACAACACCGUUUUUACCAAGCCCCAUGAGGAGCUUCGUCUAGACUACCUCGGCCGUCUAGUCACUAGCCUGCAGUCCUACCACCAGGACACGGCCACGGUACUCGAACUCGGCUGCGGUGCCGGCGUACCCGCAACAAAGUUUCUGCUGGAAUGCUCAAGCCCCUCGUUCCGCAUCACCGCCAACGACAUCUCCACCGCGCAGCUCAGCCUAGCCCGCUCCAAUCUAGCCAGCUACGCCGACAGACUGACGCUGCUCGAGGGCGACAUGCUGAGUCUCUCGUUCCCGCCAGAGACGUUUGAUGCCGUCACGGGAUUCUACAGCAUCAUCCACCUGCCACGUGACGAGCAGACGCUGCUCAUGGCUAAGAUUGCACAGUGGCUGAAGCCAGGCGGAUACUUGCUGGCAAACUUUUCGGUUGCGGCCAUGGCCGCGCAGGUCGAGGACCAGUGGCUGGGUCACGACAAGGGCUGGAUGUUCUGGAGUGGGUGGGGAGAGGAGAAGAGCGUGGAAAUGGUGGAAAGGGCUGGACUCAAGGUUGAGGUCAGGGAGGUGAAGCAGGCCGAGGGCGAUGCUGUCUUCGUUUGGGUGUUGGCGAGGAAGGAGAGGUAAGCGGGCAUUUGACAUGGAAUGUUGGAGGCAGGUUGGUAUCUGGGGAAAAGUUAUACAUAUAGACGGACACUUUAUUAUGAGCAGAUGCUCUAGCUACUCAUCCUAUUCUGAUGG